CGUAAAUGAGGUCAUCUUCCUGACAUAACUUGGGUGUCAAUUUUACUCAUUAAUUCGUAUCUAGAUUGCCCUGCACGCAGAGUGAAGUAGCAAAGCAGCAGACAAUUAACUAAUAAAGGAACCAUUAUCUACAGAGUAAUGCAGGGUCGUCAUCACGUGGGUCACGGCAUACAGUGUGGCUACUCUGCCUCCACAUCAUCUCAUGGCAUAAUGGAGAGGAUGAAUAAUGUUCAGGUCUAUGAUCCGGCCAAGCUUCAGCCGCCCACAGGCAAAUUUAAUGCAAUCGUGGCGCUAUCAGACCGUGACGGCGGUAUAGGGAACAAGGGAACCUUGCCAUGGCCAAAACUAAGCAAAGACCUGGAGUACUACCAGACGCUCACGUCAUUUACCACAGACCCCAGCAAGAAGUGUGUAAACAUCCGUGGUCGGUUGACGUGGGAGGCCGGUACUGCAGCCGUCAAGUCACAUCCCAGGCGGCUCAAUGUGGUCAUCAGCUCAAAGAUGGCAAAAAGACCUGAACACGUCCAUCACAUUGCGAAAUCGUUUGAGGAGGCGUUGUCGUGGUCCCUGGCGGCAGAAGACGCAGAGAAUGUGUGGGUGCUGGGUGGCAGCAACGUCUACAAGACAGCAAUGUCCUCCCCCCUCUGUCAUCGAGUUUACGUUACCAGAGUAUUCGGAGAAUUUGAAAGUGACGUCUUUUUUCCCGAGAUUGAUCCCGAAAAGUUUCAGCACGUGAGGGACGAGGCGUUGGUGGACACCCCUUUCGAAGAAAACGGAACCAGAUAUCAAUUUGAGAUAUAUGAGAGAAAACCAGUUGUACAAUAAUUUGUUGAAAUAAGUCGUGCAGAAAUAAACAAGUGUUGAUAAAGACAUAUUAAACCCAUAUCGUGAGUGUUUACCGCGCACUUCCUUUUACAUUGAGUGUCAAAUUCAUUAUUAAGCUGCUUCUGCAGCCCUGGAUGGUGUAAGGAGAACGAGACGCUAACUGACCGGUCAGAUUUCAUUAGAACGAGAAAUGUGAUAUAAAAGGCGCAUUUCAUGACUUGUCUGUCAGCAGAAGAUCUGAGGUGGACGAGCAUUGUACAUCUACCACACACUGACGCUCAACAUAUCAUCAUCUCGGCUGUAACGUGUCAAGCAUUCCCAGUGUCUAUACGUAAGCCGUGGAUCGUUCUGUAUACAGUCUAAUUAAAGAUGCCGCGAGUGCUUUUGGUUUUGUUUGUGCUGGUGGAGGUUCUAGGUAGAUUUCAACUCGUCACCGGAUUGGAAGGAGGUAAUCUAUCAGUAAUUAGAAUGGUAAAGUUAGAACAGAAUUAUCAUUUUCUUACACUUUCCAAUUUGCCUGUACAUUUUUAUAGUCUGAAGACGUAUUCAUGAAUAAUAUAGCCUAAGAUAUUUUUAAGUAACGUCAAAGCCUUAUUAUGAGACGCUGGAUCGAUAAUUGUAUUAAAUAAAGAAACCUAGGUGAUA